UCUGGCUUCGACGUGGCAUUCCCUCCAAGUGGAUUUUCAUUGCAUCAGCCACAGCAUUAGCCAACUCGAUCGAUGCCAGUCCUGCGAUCGAAGGCGUCCAAGAAAAUCGUAGCCUCUGCGUCUUCGCUCCUGCAAUGCCUUGAAGGCCUGGCCAAGCCGUCGUACGCCCAGCAGGCGGUCAAGUUCGUGCACCGUUCGUACUGUCCAAACGACAUCUUUGUCGGCAUUCGCGUGCCGCAGUGCCGUGAAGCUGUCAAGACGCACCUCGGGUCCACGACUCUCAAGGACAUUUUGGACCUUAUCCAUGACGCGCGCCAUGAAAUGCGGCUGACAGGGUUUAUUGCGUUGACGGAAGCCUUUCACCGGCCGCACUCGGCGUCUUGGUGGAGUGACGACGGUGUCCCAACUGAAGAUCACAUCAAGCAUCUUGGCUAUUCACCAGACGACUUGCGCCGCCAUGCCAUCUCCAGAAUAUACUUGGACAACACACGAUUUUGCAAUAAUUGGGACUUGGUCGAUGCGUCAGCGCAUAAAAUCCUCGGCGAGCAAUUGGUGCACUUCCACGCGACCGAGCUGGCCGCUUAUUGUGCAAGUCCAACCAAGGUAUUAUCUCGUCCAUGUUGUUGGCACUUUAAUGCAGCUUUUGUGCCAAGUGCAUCGACGAACUCCCUGCGUGGUAUCAGCGCCUCUUGCAGUCCAAGGAUCUGUGGGAAACGCGAAUUUCCAUCGUGCUUCUUCUCAGACUGCUCCCCACGGAGCAUUGCAACGUGGCUUAUGCAAUAUGCCUCCAUCACAUCAACAAGUUCGACGCAGAUCCGUCGCUUCGAUGCACCCUCGAAGGGGCGUCUUUCCCGAGCUUGGACUUAAUCCACAAAGCCCUCGGGUGGGUGCUGCGUGAAGCGGGCAAGCGGAACAAGGCGGCAUUGACUCGCUUCCUCGACGAGCAUGCAGCCAAAGCAUUCAAGACCACCGUGCGAUAUGCCACCGAACACAUGGACAGGGCCAAGGCGAAGAGGUAUGUUGACCGCGCUCAGAAAGGCGUGGCGAGCCAUGCCGCAACGGAUCUAGACGACGAGGCUUAAGCACUUUUCAAGCACCACAGCACAACACGUCAGUGUUGGUUGGGCCCCAUGAACUGUUGUACACUGGAACCUGAUUCUGAGGUCAUCUACUCCUGGACACUUUGUGCUUCGUGAGGAUGGACGUGGUCAGUCGCCUGUAAAGUGCAUCGAUGUACUAGGUAAACCACAUAGGUACAUCCAAAUCACAUUCACAGACGCG